CCUUGCAUUGUCACCCAAGGGAGGAAAGAAAAAAGAGAGAGAACAAAAACUUUUGCAGCCUCCAGAGCCAAUUAUUUCUUUGAUAGUUGCAAAGAAAAAAAAAGAAGAAGAAGAUAACGAUGGGAAGGAGGAGAGAUGCUGAGGCCGAGCUCAACCUGCCACCCGGAUUUCGGUUCCACCCGACCGACGAGGAGCUCGUCCUCCAUUACCUCUGCAAGAAGGUGGCCUACCAGCCCCUGCCCGUGCCGAUCAUCGCCGAGGUCGAUCUCUAUAAGUACGACCCUUGGGAGCUUCCAGACAAGGCGUUGUUCGGACGGAGGGAGUGGUAUUUCUUCACCCCUCGCGAUCGCAAGUACCCGAAUGGCUCGAGGCCUAACAGGGCCGCCGGGAAGGGGUACUGGAAGGCGACGGGGGCCGAUAAGCCCGUGGUGCCGAGGGGGAGCGCCAGGCCUCUGGGGAUCAAGAAAGCGUUGGUGUUCUACUCUGGAAAGGCGCCGAGAGGACUCAAGACUGAUUGGAUCAUGCAUGAGUACAGGCUUGCCGGUACAAACCGAGCCACAAACAAGGGAAGCCUGAAGCUUGAUGAAUGGGUUCUAUGCCGGCUGUACAACAAGAAGAACACCUGGGAGAAGAUGCAACAACAAAAGGAGGAGGCAUCAUUUGGAGAGACGAUGGAUUCCUUGGAUGACACCGGAUCGGACAGCUUCAGGACACCUGAAUCGGACAUAGAUAACGAUGUCGUGCUCCCGGACUUCGAUGAUAUGGGUCGGCUUGGAGCUUACCCAUCCCAAGCUUCCAAAGGAAUUCAAGCAGCAAGAGCCAGCAGCACAGCUGGGUCUCAGCUGCCAGCAAUGGAGCAGCGUCAGAAAGAAGAGAACGAGUGGUUCAUGGACUUGAAGCUGGAUGACUUGCAGAGUUCGUACAUGGCUUUUGGAUCCGCAUCUGCUCCCGAUAUGUUGAGCCAGGAUUACUACACCUCAAACCUUCCACAACUGAGGUCGAACCAGAAUGACCUGCCACCCUUUUAAAGCUGGAAAUAACGGCUGUAUAUAAGGGUGAAUGGGCAGGAGGAGGAGAAUACAAUCUAGUGGUAGGACAAAGUUUCAAAUGAACUCUGUAGGAUUCUUUUGUUUGAUUUCAUCAACUCUAUAUAGAUAAAUCCAUUCAUGAGCAAUGGGAUGGUGGCUUUAAUUUGUACAUAUGAUAAUGUAAUUUUCUAGUAGAACUUUUGUUUGAUUUA